AACCGAAUUUGUUCAGCAGACUGACUGUCCGUUUUGAUGAAAUAUACUUUACACUGCAAUAUCCCGCGACCUGAACACAGUAUAAUACGGACAGAUUAAAUGUUUUUUUUCUUUACGCGUAUUUUCAUACCUAGGCCCGUGUCAUUCAGGUUUUUUACUAGUUAAACUUGAUGUUUUUCAUUUAUGACAUGUCUCAUAUUUAGCCUUUGGUAUAUACAGCUGAUUGAAUAAGUACAUCCACACGGGAAAAGUCACUAUUUCAGCGGUGCAAGGCAAAUUAAGAAAACUGUAUACAUUUAAAAGUCAUGGCUGCCCAGAUAUCAGAAUCAGAUCAAAUAAAACAAUUCAAAGAAUUUUUGUCAACAUACAAUAAGCUUACAGAGAACUGCUUUAUGGACUGCGUAAAGGAUUUCACCACCAGAGAAGUCAAAGCAGAGGAGGGCACCUGCUCGGAAAGCUGCCUGCAGAAGUACCUGAAGAUGACCCAGCGCAUCUCCAUGCGUUUUCAGGAAUACCACAUCCAGCAAAACGAGGCCCUGGCGGCCAAGGCGGGCAUACUGGGCCAACCACGAUAAGGCUCCGGUGGCGGGUCGACAGAGCAAGGAGGUGCUGGGAAUCACGCUCCCGCCCAGGGCGUCCUGCCGGUCUUCAAACAACAGAGACCCCCCUCCAUUUGAAAGGAGAGUCCAGAGCCCAGGGUGGAGCAGGCAGCUAUACAACCUGAAAUGCCUUCCCAUCUACCCAGCCCUCCUGGGCCUUGAGCCAGGAGCCGUGUGCUGCAGCCUCAGGCUGGUCGGCCUGACCUGCACACGGCCAGCCAACUUGCGGGGGGGGGGGGGGGUGGAUCACCCUGUGUGGGUUCUUAAGUAUGUAUCAUAAGGCAGAAGGAAUCAUUCACAUGCUGGAGUCUAAGGGCUCAUUGUCCCAGUGUUACAUAUUAAAUACUGGAUGAAUGGUUUUCGUUGUCUCAUUCUUUAAAUUGCUUUGAAGUAUCUCAGUGACUUUCACAGGAGAUGUUUUAAGAUGAUUAUAUAUUUAUCCCAGUGCAGAGAUGCCAAGUCGUAAUACAAUUAAACGAUAAGUGAAUGUUU